AUGGGCUUGAACGGUUCAGCAAGACCCAACGGCGCAACCCCUCAGAAAGCAGCUUACGUGCCCCCUCACGUGCGACAAGGCGGCGGCGCACGACCUCCCGCAGCCAGCAACGGCGGUGGCGGCGGCUGGAACUCAAACGCACCCUCUUUUGCACCACGACCUGCUAUGGGAUCUUCAUGGGAGACUGGACGUGACUCCGGUGGCUACAACCGUGGUCCUCCCCGACGUGACUUUGAUGCAAGUCGCUCAAGCGGUGGCUACGGCGGCAGCAGUGGAGGCUACGGUGGUAGCAGCGGUGGCUACGGCGGUGGUGGUAGCGGACCUGGCGAAGGAUCCUGGAAGGAUGGCAAGCACAUCAUCGGACAACCUAACCAGCGUCUCGAAAACGAGCUCUACCCCCAGACCAACGAAACUGGACACCACCAGUCCUCCGGCAUCAACUUUGAGAAAUACGACGACAUCCCCGUCGAGGCAUCUGGCGACAACGUGCCUGAGCCUGUGACGCAAUUCACGUCACCUCCCUUGGAUGCUCACCUCGUGCAAAACAUCGAGCUCUCUGGUUACAAAGUGCCAACACCUGUGCAGAAGUACUCCAUCCCAAUCGUCGCAGGUGGUCGUGACCUCAUGGCUUGUGCUCAGACUGGUUCCGGCAAGACUGGUGGUUUCCUCUUCCCCAUCCUGUCCCAGGCAUUCACCGUUGGACCUUCUCCUCCUCAAACCAACGCUGCUCAGUCGGAAGCUAUGCGUUCGUACGGACGCAACCGCAAGGCAUACCCCACUGCCCUCAUCUUGGCUCCCACCCGUGAGCUCGCCAUGCAGAUUCACGAUGAGACACGCAAAUUUGCUUACCGAUCAUGGGUGAAGCCUCAAGUCGUGUAUGGUGGUGCCGACAUUGGUUCACAGUUGCGCAACAUUGAGCGUGGCUGUGAUUUGCUUACUGCCACACCUGGUCGUCUUGUUGACUUGCUCGAGCGUGGUCGCAUCUCGCUUGCUGCUAUCAAAUUCUUGGUUCUUGACGAAGCUGAUCGCAUGCUGGACAUGGGUUUUGAACCUCAAAUCAGGCGUAUUGUCGAGCAAGAAGACAUGCCUGGCGUCAAUGACCGUCAAACACUCAUGUUUUCCGCCACCUUCCCCCGAGACAUACAGAUGCUUGCUCGCGACUUUUUGAAGGACUACGUCUUCUUGUCUGUUGGUCGUGUUGGCUCCACUUCAGAGAACAUCACUCAGACUGUCGAGUAUGUUGAAGACCCCGAUAAGCGUUCUGUGCUCUUGGAUAUCCUGCACACCCUGCCUCCCAAUGGUCUCACCCUCAUUUUCGUUGAGACAAAACGCAUGGCAGAUGCUCUAUCCGACUUUUUGCUCCAAAGCAACUUCCCAGCAACCUCAAUCCACGGUGACCGUACCCAGCGCGAGCGUGAACGUGCACUUGAGAUGUUCAGGACAGGCAGGACACCCAUCAUGGUCGCUACUGCCGUUGCUGCGCGUGGUCUCGACAUUCCAAACGUCACUAUGGUCGUGAACUAUGACCUGCCGUCUGACAUUGACGACUACGUUCACCGUAUUGGUCGAACGGGUCGUGCUGGUAACACGGGAAAUACCGUUGCCUUCUUCAACCGCGGCAACCGUGGUAUUGUUAGGGACAUGCUCGAUUUGCUCAAAGAAGCGAAACAAGAAGUGCCUGCUUUCCUUGAGGCUAUUGCUCGUGAAGCCGGAGGCUUCGGUGGUGGUCGUGGUCGUGGCGGCGGUGGUGGCGGCCGUGGUCGUGGUGGGUCUUCGGGCUCUCGUGACGUGCGUCGCAACCCUGGCUACGGUGCCUCGUCCGGCGGCUACGGCGGUUCGUCUUACGGCGGCGGUGGCUACGGCGGUGGCGGCGGUUCGUCUUACGGAGGCGGUGGUGGUGGCGGCGGCGGCGGUGGCUCUUCCUGGUGGUAG